CCCGCCGAGCCGCGCCGCCGAGGCCCGCUCCCGCCUGACAAAGUCAAGCCCAGGAGAAGGGUCACCCUGACCUGUUCCAGAGUCUUAUCAGGUCCUGAAGAAGAGGACAGAAAGGACUGCAUUCUCCCCAGCCGGCACACUCUUUAGGGUAGAGGGCAAGGACUUCUGGUUUGAAGCAGAGGGUGACAAGAGCUGCUCUGUCUCUGAAUUCAUCAUGGAACAGAUCAAUGGAUCUGUCCAGAUGGAGCGUGCACUGCUGUACACCUUCCUGGAGGUAUCCUCUGACUGUAAAUUCAGAGAGCACCUGCAUUCCCUGCGAAGCCAGGGGAUUAUGCCUUUCCUGGAAGGCAGCUACUGCUAUGAUGAUGAGGUGGAACUUCAGACCGAUGGCAAUCGGAGUGGCCACUUGCAGAAUGGUGAGCUAGUGUUUGACCCUGAGGUAAAUGAAGAAGUUGUCCGGAUCAUUGCUGCUCAGCUCGCUGAGAUUGGAGACCAGUUUGAUAAAGAAAUCAAAGCAAGAGUAGUAAAUGAUCUAGUGCAGCACUUUCUGAACGAGAAUCUGUCUGGAGAGGAGAUAACCCGGCGUAUGUCAGAGGCAGUGGAAGGGCUUGCACGAGCCAUCCCCUCAGACAUGGAACAGGAGAAGGCCAUGUUGGUGCUAGCAAUGGUCUUAACUAAAAAAAUUGCAAAUACAAUGCCCUCCCUUCUACAGCGUGUCUUCAGCACCACUGUGAACUACAUCAGCCAGCAGCUCCAUAACUACAUUGUCAGAAUGCUGCGUGGGUGAGCGCUCCAGCCCUGUGUGGAAAAUGUGGAUUCCCGAAGACUUUUUACUUUUCUUGAUGUAUGCGAAUCACUUUUUCUGCUCUAACUUCUGAGAUGCAGCUGUGAAAGGGAAGGCAGAGCUUCAUAGAUAGGCUUUUGUAGACUAGCACAGCAAUGAUAGUAGUGUGAGCUGCGUGCCAGCUCUGCCAGUACCUGUAAGGAGUAGUGCUUGCCUUCUCUCAUUUUACAAGUGUGUUAGGGUUUUUCUCCCUUAGCAGUAGCAGACUUUGUGCAGACCCUCACUUGUGUCUCUAGGGGAAAUGCUGUGUGCACAGAGCCUGCUCUCUCAGUAUUUUUUUUCUAAUCAGCUGUUGCAUUUUGCUUUAGUUAUUCUCUUCCCAGCCCUGCUCCUGGUGCUGCAGCUGAGCCAUGCUGAGUGUUAAUUGUUCCUGGGAAGGCCUCAGGCUGUAGAACAGGUGGUUGAUCAGCACAGAUAACCAAGGGGGGGAAAAAAAAAAAAUCAGGUCUAUCUUAGAAGGGAGCUGGCAGCAAGAGGAAACAACCCUACAGGAGGUAGGGGUGUUUGGCCAGGGAAGGCUGAAGUAAAGAUGCUUCAGUAUCAAUUGCCAUAAAUAUGUGCUUGCUUGAAAAAUAAAACUGAACAAGAAACUGUAAACAAAAGGGCAGGGGUAGGUACAGGGCAAAUUCUUUCAGGGAACACAACCUGGAUAUGCUUGAGGAAAAGUGUUUAGCUUUAGAGUAUCUUGCUAUAAAGAGAAAGAAGGUAUCAGCCUUGGAUGAGGAAGAAUACCUGGCAUCUCUUAUGAGUAUAUUGCAGUCACAUCUCAGGUUCAUCAAAUGUGGACUCAGGUUGUUUGAGACAUACCUGUAAUCACACACAAGGUGGCAAAGGUGUGAUCCAGCUGCCUCAGAAGUUCUGAAAUGAUGUAAAUAUUUUGUGGGGUUUUUUAACUUAAA